AUGCCUGUCAGCUUGUGUGGUACAUGGGACAUGGUUAGCAAUGUCAACUUUGAUGGUUUAAUGAUCACACUGGGGAUUGGCGUGUACACACGUAAGAUUGCCCUGAAGCUAAAACAUCGUAAAGUCAUAGAGAAAGUGGGGGACGUCUAUGUAAUCAAAACACUCAGCACCUUCCGGAACUACACCGUGUCCUUCAGAGUGGAUGAAGAGUUUGAGGAAUUCACUAAGGGCUUGGAUGACAGACACUGCAAGUCCCUGGUGACAUGGCAGGGGAACAAGCUGGUGUGCGCUCAGGAAGGGGAGAAAAAGAACAGAGGCUGGACACACUGGGUUGAGGAUGACAAACUGCAUCUGGAGGUGUACUGUGAGGACCAAGUCUGCAAGCAAGUUUUUAAGAGGGUGGCUUGA